GACAGGCAUGAAAAUGACUAUGUCUACGACACCGACGAUGAGUGCUCGGGUACACAGAAAAGUGAUGCGGGCGCCACAUAAGCGGGCCCACCCGGGUAAGACGCAGCACCCGGGCAAAAUGGUGCACGCCGGGAAAAUCGCACACCACCCGGGUAAACUGGCACAUUUAGGCAAAUUCGGGAAACUCGCGCACUACGCUCACACGCACGCCCUGCGGCCGCCUGAGCCGUGCGAGAACAGUAACGACAGCGGCCUAGGACCCGACGCCGGCAACAGAUGUUCGGACACUUUGGAGGAGUGGGAACACCCGGAGUUGAAACGAAGACGCGGCGACAGUGAAGCUGCGGUUAAACUAGAAUGCGACGACGCAAACGACGCGUACGCUUUCCGUGCUCCGGGCGCGGGAGAGCCCGCGUCCGCCACUGUACCCUCGCUGCCUGACGCUCCCGCCGCCACGCUUGCGCCGGCGCUACCCACUCCCGUAAUGAGAGCUGGUUGCAGUAUAUCUAGUCCAAACAUACCUGAAAGUACUGGCAAAAGAUUCCAGGACCCGUACAGAUCGUGCGGGAAGCUGGGCAGUGCUGGGAAACUAGCCAGCAAGUACCCGGGAGGGGGGAAAUUGGUUGGUGCUGGUGGGAAACUAGGAGGCAAACUAGCAGGGAAGUGGGGAGGUAAACUAGCACAGGCAAUGGCGCGACGAAGGGUGGUAACAAACAUGAUCCCGGGCGGCAGGCCCGGGCUGUCGUCGCCACUGUCCAACAGGUCGAGGGAUGGUACCGUGGAGCUGCAGAUUCUCUGCCAGCCCGAGACACAACACAGAGCGAGAUAUCAGACUGAAGGCAGCCGAGGUGCUGUCAAAGACAAUUCUGGGAAUGGUUUCCCAACUGUCAAAUUACUUGGCUACGACAAACCAGCUGUGUUACAGGUAUACAUAGGUACAGACACAGGUAGGGUUGCCCCACACAUGUUCUACCAAGCGUGUCGAGUGUCUGGCAAGAACUCGACGCCAUGCAAGGAAAGGAAGGAGGAUGGCACAGUUAUCAUAGAAAUAGACCUGGAGCCGGCCAAGAACUGGCAGGUCACCUGCGACUGUGUCGGGAUACUCAAGGAACGUAAUGUGGACGUGGAACACAGAUUCGGUGAGGCACUAGGUGGCAAUGCGACCGUGGGCUCGGGCACCAGCGCUGCACACAUCUCACGAGGCAAGAAGAAGUCUACACGAUGCCGUAUGGUCUUCCGAACCGAUAUCAUAAACGCUGCCGGCCACACUGAGACAUUGCAAGUCUGUUCCACACAAAUUAUAUGCACUCAACCGCCAGGUGUUCCAGAAGUGUGUCGUAAAUCACUAGUAUCAUGUCCCGCGACCGGUGGACUCGAGCUCUACCUUCUAGGCAAGAAUUUCCUCAAGGAGACCCGCGUAGUAUUCUGCCAGCGACAGGACGGACGCACUCACUGGGAGGAGGAGGUCGCGCCUGACAAGGAGUUCUUACAACAGACGCACCUAGUAUGCUGCGUGCCGCCGUACUGCCGCACGGACAUAUCGGAGGCCGUGGCGGUGCAGUUGUUCGUGCGGUCGGGCGGGAAGGCGUCGGAGCCGCACGUGUUCUACUACACGCCGCCCGCGCUCGACACCGGGCCCCAGCACUGCUCGCGCCACCACACGCAAGGUGGCGAGGAGGCGCGGCCCGUGCUGCUGUGGGGCGGGAUGAUGCCGCCGCCCGCGCUGCCCGUGCGCCGCCCCUCCAUCAUACUGCCGGACCCUCACUCGCCCGUCGGACUCAAGAGCGAGGUGGCCGAUGAGACCAGCCAACACUCGCUUGUAGACGGUGGCGAGUCAUCGUGUGGCGCUGAAGGACCCGACAAGCCAAUGAGCAUGUCCGAGGAACUUAACAUCGUCGACCUCAGGCUCAAGUCUGAGAUGUCCAGGGACUCACAGAGCCAGGUGGGUUUCGUGGGUGGCUACGACAAUAUAAAGCUGUCCCCGAGCACUCCGGCGGCGAGCUCGCCUCCCUCCCCCCUGGCCACCUUCACGCAGCAGUUGCAGGCUAUACAGAACCAGGUGCAGACGGACAAGAUGGUGGAGUCCGUCACUGCCGCGAUCUUCAACUCCGACGACAACGCGCCACAGAUCUACCCCACCAUGAUGCAGCCCAUGGACACCAUGCGACAGUUGAUCUCCUCCAAGAGCGUGGACCCGCUCGAGACAGACAUGAAGGUGCUCAACCCUGAGCUCAUGAUCACAGAGACAUCCAUGCAGCAGAAUGUGCUGCAGCCCGGCGAGCAAAGACUGAUAGUAUACAACCAGAUGCAGGCCGCGGCGCAGGACGACUCCUUCCCCUUCGGCAACAUGACCAAGCUGGAGAUGGGACCCACCGCCAUCGAGCACCGCCUGGCGCAACAGUCCGCGCACAUGGAGGCCCUCGUCGAGGACGCCAUGAAGGCCACCGCCGCCAUGCUGCCCGACAGCUCCAAGCUGGACGAGCUCGUCAACUCCAGGGUGGACGACCACCUGCAGGCCGGGGCCGCGUCCCCCGCCCGCGCGGCGCCCGACCUGCUGCCGCCCAUGCCGGCGUCCGCCAUCUCGCCCGACGUCAUCCUCAACCCGCAAGUGUCGCCCAGCAUGCUGUGUGACUCGGCGCAGCGCAUCGUGAUGCCGGCCGGGCCCUCGCAGGACGAGCUCAUGAUGAUACAGGACCAGGUGCAGCUCACCUCCGUCAAGACUCCGCCCGCCGCCGUCAAGUCCAUGAUCCUCAACGCGGCCGCCGAGAUCCUCACCUCCGACACCACCAUGAACGCGCUGGUGACGUCCGCCAUCAACACGGCCAACAUACUGACCACAGAGAGCGUGUCGGGCUCCGGCGGCAUGCAGACCACGGACUCUGCCCAGCCCCCCGCGGAGCCGGCGGGAGAGACUCCACUGGUGGCCAUGUCGCAGGCCGUGUCGCAAGCAGUGACGCAGGCUGUGUCGCAGGCCGUGUCGCAGGCAGUGUCGCAGGCCGUGACGCAGGAGAUGACGGCGCCGGUGCAGGGACUCACCGACAUGAGUGACCAGGACCUCCUCUCUUACAUAAACCCCAGCACGUUUGACCAAGGUGAGUACAUGGACGUCUACUACAACUAG